CUGUCACUGACUCAUAGGCUACUUCGCUGUUCGCUCCCAAAAGAUAAGUGUAACGUUUGUUGACGUUGUGUGAUAACGAGAUAGGUUUCUUUGAGGAAAUAAACUGACAUGAAUCUUAGAACUUUUUUUUUUUUUUUUUUGACAUGAAUCUUAGAACUCAGUAGCUGUCAUUCUUGACGGUGACGUCACGCUCCUCGCACAAGGACUCAGGGCUUCUCCAUCAGUUGAACCGCACUUGACAUUUAUUUGCCGUCCUACACCGAGUACCUGCUCACUGAAGUAGACACAUGAAGUCCCCCUCUAGCACUGCCAGCAUGGGAACCCAUAGAAAGGACAGCUUCCUCUGGGGGAAAGCUCCUGUUGCUUUCAGUCCAACUGAGAAGCGUCAGACUGACGUCAAUGUCCAUAAGCAUGUGAUUCUAGAAGAUAUACAGAAACUCAGACUGGAGAUUGAAAACAUGAUGACAGAAAUUCAAACAAUGGAGGCUGAUGAUGAGAACAAAAAUAUUAUGAAGAACAAGAGAAUCCAGUGCGGAAAAAAGAAAUUUAACAUGGACCCAAAGAAGGGUAUCCAGUACCUAGUAGAUAAUGACCUGCUGGAGUGGAAACCAGAGACUGUAGCAGAGUUCCUCUACAAAGAGGAAGGCCUCAACAAAACAGCUAUUGGCAACUUUUUAGGAGAAUGGGAGGAGAUCCACCUACAGAUCCUUCAAGCUUUUGUUGAACUUCAUGAGUUCUCAAACCUUAAUCUGGUUCAGGCUCUGAGGCAGUUCCUGUGGAGUUUCCGUCUGCCUGGUGAGGCUCAGAAGAUUGACCGUAUGAUGGAGGCUUUUGCUCUGCGCUACUGCACCUGUAACUCUGGUGUUUUUCAGUCAACAGACACCUGUUACAUCCUUUCCUUUGCAAUCAUCAUGCUCAACACAAGCUUGCACAACCCCAACGUGAAAGACAAGACCACACUAGAAUGCUUCAUCAACAUGAACAGAGGAAUCAACAAUGGGGGAGACAUUCCCAAUGAACUCCUUAAGAAACUUUAUGAGAGUAUUAAGAAUGAACCAUUUAAGAUCCCAGAAGAUGAUGGCAAUGAUCUCACUCACACUUUCUUCAAUCCUGAUCGAGAGGGCUGGCUUCUAAAAGAGGGUGGCAGAAUAAAGACCUGGAAGCGAAGAUGGUUCAUUUUGACUGACAGCUGUCUCUACUAUUUCCAGUACACAACUGACCAAGAGCCCAAAGGAAUCAUCCCUCUAGAGAACUUAAGUGUUAGAGAGGUGGAGAACACACAAAAACAGUUCUGUUUAGAGCUAUUUAGCCCUCAUCGUAAAGGGGAGACAAUAAAAGCAUGUAAAACAGAGACAGACGGGAAAGUUGUGAUGGGGAAACACCAAUCCUACAGGCUUUGUGCUGCUUCUGCUGAGGAACAAGCAGAAUGGAUCCAAGCCAUCAGAGCCUGCAUCACAAAAGACCCAUUUUAUGACCUGGUAUCAGCACGCAGGAAGAAGGUCAUAAACCACACUGAACACCAUGAGUGAGGCAGACUUAAAGGACUGGCAGAUUAAUGAAAGUUUGAAGUAAGGAGGUCUGAUUAUAUUAAAAAAUGCUGCUCACAGACUAGAGCCAUUACAAGAGUUUGGACCAGGGGACCGUGUGAGUAGCAGGAAAUGAUGAAUGAUGUUCCUCAGGGUGCUACAGUCAUUCUCACGCCUCCCUCUCACCACGCAUUGGUCAUUGCUGCUACAUAUGCAGCCUCAAGGCUUGGUUGUGGUCAGGAGUUCAGUGUGAAGCUAUUUUUAUAUUUAUUCUAACUUACGAGAAUUGUUACAGUAAAAAUCACUUGUAAGUGGCCAUUGGAUAUAUAACUGUAUAAAUGUUCUUUUCCUGUUUAAGUGAGAGAUUAAAACACAAAGUUUAUCUGUAGCAUCUAUGAACAACCUUUCAAUUAAGCUAAUUUUCUAAACAUUUACUAAGCUAGUUGUCUUUUGAUGGAUCAUUUGGCCUGUUUUGUUUGUUUGUUUGUUUGUUUUUUCUAUUUAACUCAAUUAAAAUACGUAUUUUUUCCUAAUUCUAUGAUUAGUCAAAAAGAAAAAAAAAAGAACAAAUAAAUAUUGUGUUUAUCUUGUAAAUAUUGUAGAAUUCUGAUGCCAACGAAUGAUGCAUUAAUGCUCAUCAGGUGGAAAUUGUCCAUAUUUUGUAC